UCGAAAUGCCAUGACUCAUUCUUUUUAAGCACACCGUCCUUCCAGCACUUCACACCAGUGACUGAACGGGACCUGUGUAAGGCAGUCCACCCUUAAAGUAUCGUGAAGUGUAUGCGUAAGGUUGGUGAGUGAAAUAUUAUUAACGAAGGGCGUGAAGUCUAAAACGAACUCCUGAGUUAUUGAACUGUACACGUGUGAGGAGUUUGGCUGAUUCGCUGCAACCCUGUACCCCUGACCCUGGCUUAAAGAAUUUCGAAAGCUACGUUUGAAAGAAUGUUACAGACUCUGAGUGACUGGUUUUGGUGGGAUCACCUCUGGCUUCCCCGAAAUCUAACCUGGGCUGAUCUAGAGGACAGGGAGGACUUUGUGUAUGCCAAGGUCUCUCAUUUGUACGUCACAAUCUUGUAUGCUGCUCUCCUUUUGAUAGUCCGGCACUUUUUUGAAAGGUUGAUUGCUACACCUCUUGCCAAAAUGCUAGGGGUUAAGGACCAAAUAAGAUUGAAGGUCACAUAUAAUGUGGUUUUAGAAAAUUUUUUUGUUUCCACAUCCAAACAUCCAACAAGGUUACAGAUAGAAGGUUUGUCAAAGAAAUGCAGUUGGACAGUACGGAUGGUCGAGAGAUGGUUUAGAAGGCGGCGCAAUCAAGAUAGACCAAGUUUGAUGAAAAAGUUUCGAGAAGCUUGCUGGCGAUGUACAUUUUACCUCCUGGCAUUUACUGGCGGUAUUGCUGUCCUGAUUGAUAAGCCGUGGUUUUACGACACAUGGGAGGUGUGGGUAGGAUAUCCGAAACAGACACUGUUACCUUCGCAGUAUUGGUACUACAUAACUGAGCUUAGUUUUUAUUGGUCACUACUGUUCAGUAUUGCGUCAGAUGUAAAAAGAAAGGAUUUCAAAGAACAAAUAAUUCAUCACUUAGCAACCAUCAUCCUGCUGAGCUUCUCAUGGUGCGCCAACUACAUCCGCGUGGGAACCCUGGUGAUGAUUGUCCAUGAUUCAUCUGACAUCCUGCUGGAAUCUGCCAAGAUGCUUAACUAUGCUGGGUGGAAAAGAGUUUGUAAUUCACUCUUCAUUGUCUUUGCUGCUGUAUUUAUAAUCACCAGGCUUGUCAUCUUCCCAUUCUGGAUCAUUCAUUGUACUUGGGUCUAUCCAGUUUAUCACUAUCCACCAUUCUUUGGAUAUUAUUUCUUCAAUGUCAUGCUGGCUGUCCUUCAACUGCUCCAUAUUUUCUGGGCAUACCUCAUCUUGCAAAUGGUUGCAAAGUUCUUCUCCAGCAAACUGGAUGGUGAUGAUCGCAGUGAUCGGGAGGAGUGUGAUGGGAGUGAUGAAGACGACGAGGGCUUGAAGAAUGGUGCUGGCUCCAUAAAGAAUCUGGCUGUUAACUGUCAUCAUAGUCACUGAGCCAUGCCACUCAGAUCAGCUCCUGUGACAAUGCUAAGGGAAUGUGUGGAGCUGGUAGCAGUGUCUGUGGAACAACUCUUCAUGAUAAACAAAUCUUUUGCUGUCAUUUGGACCUGGAGUGAAGUGAGUUUUGGCUGCAGUUGCUCAUGUUUGUAGCACUCUUCCUCUUCAGAGUUUCUUGAGGUGGUUCAAGAAACUGCACUGAAGAGAAAUUCAGCAAGUGUUCAGUAUGGAUCAAUGUGAAAAGUGUAGAUAGCUGCUAUUUUCAAGCCAACGCUCACCAACACACUGCUGGCACAGUGUCUACCCAGGCCAAGUUCACCAUUGGCUGAACACAUUUGAAAACUUGGUCCAUGAGGUUCAGUUUGUUUUUAACUCAAAAUCCACUGCACUAACAUUGCUGGUCUUUCUCGUCAGGAAACUUGCAUGUCCAACACACUCAGCUCCCAACACGUAGAAUGAGUGCUGAGUCACUGGGAGUCAUCAGCCUCAAUAACCUUAAAGUGAACUUACUAAUCAAAACAGAUUUCAUGAAAUAAAAAUUAAAUGGUCAUUAGUCCUUUUUUAGUGUCUUUAAACAUUCCUCUUCCUACUUGCAUUUUGCUAAUAACUGUUGCUGCAAGAAUUCUACACUGUGUGCUGGGAGUAAUUGUCCCACAUGUCCAUUAAUUUUAAUAUCAGAAUCUUCUCUUGCAAACUCUGAACUGCUGUUUCAAACACUAAUAUCCAGGGCUAAAUUGAUCCAGGGAUGAACUUUUACACUCUUGCCUGAGUGGCAACAGGGGCGGGUGUCUGAAAAUAUCAAUGCUGUUAGUUGUAGGGCACGAUUCCUAGGCCUUCCACCUUUUGAGUGUGAAAUCUAGAGAGAGAAUCUGUUCACAAGGCAGGCAGGAAGGGCAGUUUUGCUCACUAACAGUUUUGUUACAGCUGACUGGGAUUGACUGACAUUUUGCAGUUAGCUUCCAGUUUCCCCAAUGUAACUGGAGGAUGAGGGUUUAUCAACUGCCUGGGGGUUGGGUCAGGUUUGGGUAGUAAUGGGACAGCAGGGUUUCAGAAAGGCCUCAACUCCUUGUUGCCUGUCUGGAACAAACAGAGGUCACUCUGUACAGGGAUUUUACACCCUUCUGCCCAACUCUAACAAGGGUGAUCUUGGCUGCUUUGUGCACUUAUUAUAACCACUUUUUAAAAAAGUCGGUGGGACAGCAAUUUCUUUUGAGGUGCCCUCCUAGUCAGUAACCUGAUACAAGAAUUGGGUGCUCUACUGAAGCUGGAAGGGUGUGAUUUGGCUCUCCAGCUUCAAGAACUCAUCUGCUGCUCUUAAAUGGACAGGAAUCCCACCUCUGUGAAAGUUAAGGCCCCUCCCCUUCCCCUGGUGGAGUGGGGCUUUGAUUUGAGAAUAAAACCACCUCCGUGUGAAAACACAUCCCCAGGUAUGAAAGUACAUUCAUAAACCUGAGCUUACAAAUUUUGUCUAGGCUUAAACCUACAUUUAUUCAUACAUUCCUUGGGUGCCUUUCACAGCAUCAGGAUACCAAAGGUUAUUUUACAACUAAAAACAACUUUUGAAGUGUAUUCACCCCUGUAAUCCAAAACAUACAAGUGAAAAGUAGAAAGUUGGCCCCCAUAAACAGUAACGUUUUAAUGACCAGGUAAUUAGUUUCAAUUGAUAUUGAUUGAAGGAGAAAUACUGGGUAGACUUCACAGUUAGAAAAGGAAUGUGACUGAGUGAUUGUGAAUGCGCACGUCAUCUUAAACCUUCUGCAAAGGUUAAUUGGAUAUGAGUUUUUUUAUUCUCUAAGUAGCUACAUCUCACCUGCAAAUUAUUGAGCCAACCACAGGCAGGCUCAGGAUGAUUAUCCGGCAAGAUAUUGUAAGUGGGCUAGAGUAAGAGGUCCAGCAGUUAACCCAAUCACACUAUGACCUUGUUUACUGCUCCUGUCUGAAGUUGGCAUAGGCAGUCUUUUCAAAGCCUCUGUGUUCUUCAAUGUGAUGUUUGCUGACAUGGGGACUGGAGGAGGAAAUGUUGGGAUCUGGCUCGGGGGAACAAUCACAACAAUGGCUGAGUGGGAAACGCUAGUUUUUAAGGGGGCAAAAGACUCCACUGUGGCAAGUCUUUCUUAUGACCAGUGGUGAAGUCAAGUAUUUGCAAGGGUGGGGAGAAAUUGCCAAGCUGCCCCCUGCCCUUCCUUGACCCUGACAGUUCCUCAGACUCUUCCCUUACCACCUACCCCUCCACCUGCCAUGGGAAUCUGCCAGGGUUCAAACAACUCCAUCAUCAUCCUCAUUUCCUCCCACAUCCCUCCCCUUCACCAGUCUUGUUUGCCUGUUUUUGGAGUAAGCAAGGGACAGGACCAGCUACUACAUUUUCUGUAUGACAGCUGUGACAACACUUCAGAACAAUGUCUUUGGCUGCAGGGAUUUGGAUUGACUUGAUACUGUGAAAGGUGCUAUACAAAUGCCAUUUCUCCACCUUGAUUAUGAAAGCAACCUUCCCUUCCUCCACAGAGAGCUGGUAUUCCCUUGUGUUUAUUAAAGACUCUGAUCUUUAUAUAGCCAUGUUGAGAAUGGGUGUCCCCCUGCUGCAGUUUUGUUACUGAUCCUGAAAUUUAACUCAAUACUAUUGUGCUGUUCUCGGUGCUCAAUAGCCUUGUUCAGCUGUGUGAAUCUAAAUCCAUUCACAGGAUCAAUGUCAUGUGCAAUAAUGAAACACAUUUCAAACCAAAUCCACAAACCUAGAAACUACAAUUAUCUUUCCUUUCAUGAACGUAUUCAUUGAAACAGAGAACCAGAAUUUAUCCUGAUUAUUCCCCAGCCUUCCUUCUUACACCAGACCUUGUGCUAUGCUGAUCAUUGCUCUGCUCCUGCUCUUACUUAGGAUUUUUUUUUUCUCAAUCAUUUAACUGGCAUUGUGCUUAAUUUUGUUUGAGGUGGUGGGUGGAUUAGAUGUGCUGGGCACCAUCUUGUUUUGUGUACUGAACACUAAUUUUGAAUUACAGCCUUGCACUUUGCUCCUUUGUACUCUCCUGUCACGUUCACACUUCUUUGCUCAGCCUGGAAGGUGGGAUGGAUCCAGGCUGAAGCUCUCUCCACAUCUGCUGUCUGUACAGGAGCCAACAGGAAAUGGUAGUUGAUGAGCACACAGGCUGCUCUGUAAAUGCUGCUUCCCCUCACCACCACCGCCCCCCUCGCCAAUAACCCACCCUGAUGUGGAAUGUUCCAGCACAGGCCUAGCCAGCGUAUCUCACAGAAAGCAUUUCUGUACUUUGAUUGUUAUUCAAAUCCUGCACCGCCAGUUCUGUGAAAUCAUAAGCAACAAUUUAAUAAAGACUAAUCUGGAGGGAUUUUUCAAUCUGGCUCCUUCACACUGUGUGCAUUGUGAGACCGAAUCCAGAUAAACAGUCAUUCUUGAACAUCUUCCUGAUGAGGGUCCUGUACUGCACAGAGAGUGUGCAGUCACUGUCAUACAACUCAUUGUGAGGAGCAGCAUCUAAUUAGGGUUUCGCCUUGGCAUUGCUCAUGUAACCUCAGUGCAAUUACUGCCAACAGAAUUGUACCGGCCUCCAACGCAAUGUAAUGUGAACAAAAGAAUAAUGAUGGCAGCAGGGAUAGGAAACACAGAUGAAGCAAAGCAUCAAAUAUUUAUUUGAAGUCCCCUUUGGAAAUUCCACUUGUAUUCAGAAAAAAUAAGCUGUCUGGUUAUAACCAAGAGGCUGGAUUGAUUGGAGCAAACAUUCCUAAAAUUCAAUUAAAUGUGUCCAUGCAGUUAGAACCCACCAUUCUCCAGUAUUCCCACAGGGAUCUGUCUUUGCAUCUUUCCAGGUUAGCCCAGGUAUGGGGGGGGCGGGGGGUGUCUGAGCUGUGUUGGGAUUUCGAUGACAUUAUGAGCUAAUGAAUUCAGUAUUUGAAUGAUGGCCACUUUAACUAGUUUGGACCUGAACCUUGACCGCCAUAUGCAGCAGCCGAAUGGAGCCCUGACCAAGUUGGCAGCUGGACGAGACGUGAUGUUCUGACCAGAGGAUUGUGUAUCUUCUAUUGCUAAAGUUUGUGACAUAUCCCCUCACAGAGUGAAGACCUCUUACUGGCAACAGAUAGGCAGUCAGGAAUUCAGUGACCUGAUUAUUACCCAGAGCAUAUCAAAGUAUUUGAAAUAGAAAAUACAAAUCUCCAAUAUUUUUAUAUUUUAUUGAACAAGUGCAAUUUUACUGAUUCCAUUCUGCUAAUUCUUUGUAAACAAGUAGAACCUCUAAUAUAGUAACAUUUCAACAUGUAUUCUGUUACUGAAAAUGUGAGUGUUAAAAUAAUGUUAAAUAGAAAUUUUGUUUACAAUAAAACCUUUGUUAUCUGAU